CGAAGCAGGACUGGCAGAUUGUUAGUCUGUGAAAGGCACGGAGAGGCAGGGAGAUAUAGCACCGGGUGAUAACACUGCACUCUCUCUUCAAUUGACAAGUGCUUAUUUUCCCCUAUACCACUCACCGUGCGCAGCAUCUCGCGCUCAUAGACACACUCUUCCAAAAUAACUCGUCUUCUCACUUGGUCUCCUGUUUCUUUUUUCUUUUUUAACCUAUUACAUGAAUUUGUUCAAAGAUGUACGAAAUCUGGAAUUUUGGCCAAAGGUGACCUGUCUGCAUGUCGAAAUUCUUCGGUGCAUCUUUUCGGGGUUGACUGUUAUAACCGUCCAAACUGGGUAGGCUAUCUAUCCCGAUGUUUUGCGAUGCUCUGCCUCUCAGCAAUUUAGAAAAGUGCGUGGUCAUUUUCAGCGCCGAAUCCACAGAUGCCUACGACGAAUCACCUUGUCUUUCCGGUGUUCUUUUUCACAGCCUUUUGACUGUCCAGUGGAGUAAAUUCGAUGAUUUAUAUAAAGACAAAGUUUGACCGUCACAAGUGGUCAGCGGGCACCUUUUGGUAAUCGGACAGUGGACGGACCACCUGUCCACGGGCUCGGCGCGUCCUUAUCAACCUUAUCACAUUGAAGGAAAGAUAAUUGCCAAGUAAGAAUAAACAAGCAAAGUCCAAUAUAUUUGCAUCGUCUCGCCUUUGGUGGUGUAGUAGCAGGAUUUACAUCAUAUCUGGAGUAAUUUUAUGUGCGCAAUAUUGAAGGAUAUAGCCUUAGAAUGUUUGCAUUAAUGACAUUUGGAGUAAGGUUCAUCACUUGAGUGUAUUAGACACUAUAGACUUUUGUGGAAACCAUCUAAAUGUGAGGAAACCUGGAAACUGACUUGCUGUUGAGAAAAUGUGGAUAAAACGGUCUAUUGCACGCAGUCCGAUGUCUGUUCUACGGCCGGGGAGCUGUCUAGGGCGUCAGGUGUGGAUCCUCCUGGCCAUGACCCACCUCACCCUGGAUUUCUCCCUGUGUAGCCCCCUCAGUCAGGGCCUGGGGAUCAAGCUCAUCCCCAAACCUGUGCCUCGCCCCCGGCCCCACUCGGCGCCCCUCUGGGAUACUCCCAACAUUCUCCAUUGGAGGACUGUGAGCACUCUGGCGCACCGGCUCCUCAACCCCGUUCCACUGCCAGACAGCAGGGGAGGGCCAGUGCUAAAGGUCAGGGGUCAAAAGUACAGGAGACUGGCACACAAAGGACAGCCAUGUAAGGAGUGCCGAUGGAAAUACACAUCGACCGAGGCAUGGGAUUCGGCAGCAGCGGUAGGUCUCCCCAGGGGGAGCAAAACAGACAUGGUGAGGUUGUUACGGAGGGCUCGGAGACAGCUGAAAUGGGACGCCGACGACAAAUCUCAGGAUGGCAGGACCACGACAGUGGCCGGAUAUAUCGACUGGGGACCCACAGGGACAGAGGACAACUUUGACGAUGGUGAGGGGAAAACGGCGGCCAACUCCACGCUGUCCACCAAGGCCUUGACCACUACCGUGGCCACCACCACCACUACCACCACCACCAAGAGCCCCCAGAGGACGUUCGCGGUGGUGACCACCCCACACCCUAGGAGGCUGAGCACCACCAAGGCCAGCGUCAGUUUAGGGGAGACUGUCAAACCACCAAAGCCAUAUGGAGACACACCAGGUCUGGCAGUUCACCAGAUUAUUACAAUCACUGUGUCUCUCAUUAUGGUCAUCGCAGCCUUGAUAACUACGCUUGUCCUUAAAAACUGCUGUGUACAGUCGGGGAAUGGCCGUCACAGUAGUCAUCAGCGGAAGAUCCACCAGCAGGAGGAGAGCUGUCAGAACCUGACCGACUUCACCCCUGCCCGAGUGCCCAAUAAAGUGGACAUCUUCACCGCCUACAACGACAGCCUGCAGUGCUCGCACGAGUGUGUGCGCACCGCCGUGCCCGUCUACACAGACGAGAUGAUCCAGCAGACCCCUAUAUACAAGACAACCUAUAACGGAAAUAGACCUUCUCCCACUGAAAGGCAGCUGAUUCCUGUGGCCUUUGUGUCAGAGAAGUGGUUCGAGAUCUCCUGCUGACUAUCUGAAGCUUUUUUUACAUCACAUGGAUUGAACAAACUUCCUGAAUUUAUGCUCUGGAUCCUUUGGUAAACUUUUCCAGCCAAGAGAAAGAAGCGACUCAAAUGACACAGAUGAAGAUAUUUAUUUUUCUAUAAAUGAUGACAAACCGAGCAGCCAUACCGCUGCCACCAUAUACUAUUUUCCAGAGACCUGUGUUCAUUUAGAUAUCUAGUUAGAGUUAAUAUAUAACUAUAUUACUGGAUGUGCCAGAGAAGACCAUCUACGUCAGCGUCACCUUGAAGGGGAAUAGGUUUCUUGGAGAGCUAGGAGACUUGGAGCAUCUGCUCUCAGUGGAAAAAGCUGAGCUGUAUUACUGAACAAUGUGCCAAUUACGCCACUAUGUGCCAUAAUCUGUACAGAACAACAAUUCAUGGACAACUAAAGACAGUGCUAUAUUAACUCUGUAUCAAACAUAUUCUUUUUAAAGAAAAAUUAAGAAAAAAAUAUGUUUAAAAGUAUUUGAAUAUGUUUUCUGAAAUAGUCCAAAAAAUAUAUAUUAUAUGAAGCACUAAUCAUUGAGGGCAAGGGGGGAAAGAAAAGAAAACGGUAAAUGCUUUAGUCAACACCUACAUUUAAUGCAUUGUUACUAUGUCCCAUUUUAAAACCAGAGUAGUCUGUCUAUUUUUCUAUACAAAAAGAGGUCAGUCAGUCACAACCCAAACAGUGCAGUUCCAUGCCACAUGAUGUUUGGACAGUGGAAUGCCGUUAACAGUCCAAUCAGAGAUCGAAUCCAAGCCCAGAUUAUUUGCCCUUUCGCUAUGUCCUUUUUGUCAGAGGUUUUGGAUUGUGCUUACUACAUACAAAAGGGCUCUAUGGCUGUCGAACAUUGCAUACCCUAUGUCCUAUUGUGUUCAGUUCUAUCUGAAUUUGCAUAGCUAAAGCAAACAGAGAGGAUUAGCAGUAUGUUUACAUAUGUACUGACUCAGGUCAGUGUCCAAUACACAAGUUUUCCAUUUUCCAUCCCAAGCAUUAUUUACAAGGGAUAAGACAUGAUGACUUACUUUGAGUGUUGGUAGGAUAUGAGCGGUACCGCACAAGGGUGGAAUUUAGAAUGAACUUGUAAGAAUAGAAUUAUUCUAACUCAACAAUUACAGUAAGUGAGAAAUAUUGAAUAUCUCCUCUCAACUAUAUGAAUAGUCAGUGUUUACCACUGUUUCCCAGUGUCUAAUUGCAAAUAUUUCUCUUAUUAUUCUUAAAACAACCAAGGGUCAGGUUUAUCAAACAAUGCUUCUAAGGCCACUAAUAAGUGUGAUUUGUGUGUAUUAUUGGGGGAAUCACAAUACCUUUUUGUGUUGCAUUUAUCAAGCACAUGCUAAUUGGAAUUAUAAUUUGAAUGAUCAUAUUAUCAUCAAACACCUUUACAAAUGGUGCCCUGUGCGAGAAGUAUUUACAUUCAGAAGUAGUAUUUUCAAAAGCAUAAUCUCUGAAAUGCAUGCAAAUCAAGAAAUGGAAAUGAACAGGACAUCUGAAUAAAAAUGGUAAAGUAUUCCUCCUAAUUAGGUCCAAAUUAGCUGUAUAUCUUGUGCUGUGAAUGCAGACACAACCAUUUUUAAUAAUGUUCCUCCCUAAAGCUCACUUAUAUGAAGGAAUACACUAUCCCUCUUUCAUGUCAAGUGCAGUACAGUGAAAAACAACCAUGUUCUUUCUGGUUCCUGAGGGUUGCUCAUAGAUGCGAUUUUGUUUAACAUCAGCCUCGUCUUAACCUCCAGCAUCAUCAAUGAGAUGUGGAACUAGGGGGAUUAGGAGCAGCCAAUCAGAGUCUAGAAGACUGGGCCAUAUGUAAUACAUGAAUUAAUUGAUUAGUUAAUACAAUUCCACUAUUAGUGAGUCAGGACACUUGAACAUAACACAAAACAUUUCAUUACGCUAGUGGGUAGGUAGAAAGCACAAAAAAUAACAACACGUGAUUGCAAUUAUUCGGUGUCGACAGCAAUAUGUACAUAUUUAAAGAUGGACUGGAUUCUUCUCCGGAUGUGGGCUGAUAUCUGCACUUACUCAAUGAGAUGGACAAGAUUCAGGCUUCAGCUAUUCUGUUCCCAGAGCUCAAGGUAGAGGUGGACCCAUAGUACAGAUCCUAAAUCACUAAAUCAUAAGCUUAUGUAACUGGAGGGGUAAAGAACUGACCUUGGAUCUGUGACUGUGGUGCAACUAUGACUCCUAGUACACCACUCUCCACUCACACACCAAAACACCAUGAACGACCAUGCCAAUUCAUCCAAACAUGUACGCUGAGACCAAGUUGCGUCAACAUAACAUAUAUUUUUUGAACAAAAAGUGUUAUCUGGAUAGUCAGAGGGUUACUAAACUGUAUAUUAAACAUGUGUAAAUGUAUUUUCUAUUUAUUUACUUCUAUUUGUGUACAGGUAUGUUCUAUUUUUAAAGACCUGUCUCUUUUUGGGAAAGGUUUGGCUAGGUUGGGAUAGUGUCUUUGUUUACAUGUGAACUACCGUAUUUCUUUCACAACACAAAAAAACCUUGUGCCAAGCGUCCUACCUGCACUUUCAAGCAGUACCUGUAUUAUAUAUUUGGCUAAUGAAUACAAUACUUAAAUAGACACUGCAAUAUUUCACAUACUGAAAAAGUUGUUAGAAGUAACAAAGCUACGGUCCAGGAAGAGAAGGUCUUUUGAUUGUAUACUAUGAUGAGAUCGGCAUGCUGAUGCUUGGGGUUUGGUUGGUAGAAGAUGCGCAAUUAUCAAAUGCUGACAAACCAUUUUCAUAUGAAAUCUAUUUGCUUCUGGAGAUAUGAUUAGUCAUGGUGAAAAGGGGAAGUAAUGUAAACCCAAGAAUAAUUGUUAUGAGAGAAAGUUAGAAUGAGUAAAUUUUUUGUUCAUUUUUAUUGUAAAAUGUUAAACUACAUGUAACCACAACAUAUGUGUUAGUUUUCUCUUUAAAGGCAGGGAAAACUAUUAGGCCUAUGACCUCGUACUAUUUAGCAUGAGUUGAAACCACAGAUAAGUUAUCAGAAAGAAGUACAGUAGUAAAGAGAACAAAGAAUAAGGUUUCAGGGUUUUUAGGGUAAAUAUUUCACUCCCCUUUGCAUUUGCAGAGAACAAGUACAUGAACAAGGAUUUUUAUGUUUUGGUUUGUUUUGGUUAUGCUGGUACUGAAAUGAAUCGGGUAUGUACUUAUUAUGUCUUUCUUUCAUAUGAUGAUGACAAACACCACCAAUGUUUUGCAACAAAAUUCUCCACUUUCAUGAACAUCUUCAUGAUCAGAUUUUUAGAUAGCAUGAUUGUUUAAAGCCAGCUACAUACUACACUAUUUUUACCUCAAUAUUCUAAAGGAAGUUUGAGACAUCAUAGGAAUAUCAAGGGCACAAUUUCUUUAAUGUGAAAGGUUUCCUCAAGUGCUGUCUACAAGCCUCAGAUGUUCGAAUAUCCUCCCAAGCAUUGUCCCCAAUGCACAUUUCUUAAAUUCCUAAUAUACUUUCAUAUUGUUACAUAUGAAAGUGUUGUCUUGAAAUACACUACAUGGCUAAAAGCAUGUGGACACCUGCUCAUUGAACAUCUCAUUCCAAAAUCAUUGGCAUUAAUAUGGAGUUGGUCCCCCCUUUGCUGCUAUAACAGCCUCCACUCUUCUGAGAAUGGUUUCCACUAGAUGUUGGAACAUUGCUGCGGGGACUUGCUGCCAUUCAGCCACAAGAGCUUUAGUGAGGUCGGGCACUGAUGUUGGGCGAUUAGGCCUGGCCCAUAGUCAGCGUUCCAAUUCAUCCCAAAGGUGGUCGAUGGGGUUGAGGUCAGGGCUCUGUGCAGGCCAGUCAAGUUAUUCCACACCAAUCUUAACAAACCAUUUCUGUAUGGACCUCACUUUGUGCAUGGGGGCAUUGCCAUGCUGAAACAGGAAAGGGCCUUCCCCAAACUGUUGUCACAAAGUUGUAAGCACAGAAUCAUCUAGAAUGUCAUUGUAUGCUGUAGCAUUAUUCCUCCUCCGCCAACAUUUACAGUUGGCACUAUGCUUUGGAGCAGGUAGCAAUCUCCUGGCAUCCGCCAAACCAAGAUUCGUCUGUCGGACUGCCAGAUGGUGAAGCAUGAUUCACCACCCCAGAGAACUUGUUUCUACUGCUGCACAGUCCAAUGGCGGUGAGCUUUAUACCACUCCAGCCGACGCUUGGCAUUGCGCAUGGUGAUCUUAGGCUUGUGUGCGGCUGCUCGGCUAUGGAAACCCAGUUCAUGAAGCUCCCGCCAAAUAGUUAUUGUGCUGAUGUAGCUUCUAGAGGCAGUUUGGAACUCCGUAGUGAGUGUUACAACCGAGGACAGAUGAUUUUUACGCCCUACGCGCUUCAGCACUCAGUGGUCCUAUUCUGUGAGUUUGUCUGGCCUAUCACUUACCAUUUCACGGAUGAGCCGUUGUUGCUCCUAGAUAUUUUCACUUCACAAGAACAGCACUUACAGUUGACCGGGGCAGCUCUAGCAGGGCAGAAAUUUGACAAACUGACUUGUUGGAACGUUGAAAGUCACUGAGGUCUUCAGUACGGGAUAUUCUGCUGCCAAUGUUUGUGGAGACUGCAUGGAUGUGGGCUCCAUUUUAUACCUCUGUCAACAACGAGUGUGGCUGAAAUAGCCGAAGCCACUAAUUUGAAGGAAUGGCAAAGUAAAUGUAACUUGACAUAAGCAACUCACAGUUGCUUCUCUCAGAUCAGUUCAUCCCUCAGUGUGAAAUAUCAGUGCCAACAACAGCACCCAUGCUUCUCUGUAGGUAAUGCGGACAUAACAGAGCUAUUCUUUAUCAUAUCUGCUGAUUUUACAGUUAGCCCAUAGUGGUUGAGGCAGUUCAAUUGACUGUGAAGAUGACUAAUGACUAAUGGAGUUGCAGUAAGAUCAGAGAAAUAUGAGACUGAACACCUUUUGUGAGCAAACAAAUAUCUACAUAUGAGACAGACUGUAUGUCCUCUAGCUGUCUCUUCAGUGAUCCUUGACACUUAUAAUACAGCAUGUCCCCAAUGUGUCACCUAUGAGACAAACAAACUGUCAAAUAAUGAAAGGACGCAGUCGGUGCCAGCAAGAGGAAAGGUGUCACACAUAUUGUGCUGUAUUUUGCUUCAUGUUAAUACUACAGUUAAUAAUCAGUCAUAUUGAUUGCGACCUUUUGACAUAUUCAGAAUGUCAAUUCCAUGUUUUACUGGCCCAAUCUUUAAAAAAAAUUUAUCUAUGAGAUAUGAUCCAGAACUUGAAUGAUCAAUCUGUUUUGAGUCUUAGUAUUAAUCACAGGCCAGGGGGUUCAGGCUUAAGGUAUUUCAAUAUGGCACUAUACUGUUGGGGAACAUAUUAUUAUAAUAAACAUUGUGAGUAGCCUAGCAACGAUUGAUUGAUAGCACUAGAAUUCAUCUGGCCACAGGCUAAUUACAGUACAGGGGGGAUACUGAUACUCCUUGUUGUUCUGAAAUACUUAGAGAAAGGGGAUAAAUGCGUGGUGUUUGGAUUGUUUUUGGGUGCAUAUUUUUGCUUUACACAGGGUCGUUCAUUCUCAAACUGCUUUCCUCAUCAUGUUUUUAUGACUUUACGUAUUGUGCGCUUAAACUGUAUCUAAAGAGGAGGACUCCAAUUCUCCUUGCGGAUCAUGUUUUUAUUUUUCUAUUCAUAAGAGCUAUUGUACUGAUAUAAUCACCAGUGUUUGUCAACAGAGUUAAUGACUUGAACUAUGAUUUAAUGACGUCACCAUUUCCUAUAUGGCCAUUUUGGGUCAAGUAGAGUCUGGUUGCAUGAAACACAUCUGCCUAUGAGCAUAGCUAUAUGCCACUGCACAAAAUAGGGCCUCAGACUGACACUCAGUAUGAUGCCUUUAAAAUGGAGUGUAUAUUGAUCUGGACUGGUUUAACAUUGAUAUUUGAGAUAGCACAGCUCAAUCGAUAUAUGGUUAUCACUGGACAGGUCGUCAGAUUUGAACAGAGUCAGCCGUGACAGUGAGGCAUUGCCUUGUCACUCUCUCAGAGCAGAUGAAGCCAAACCGAUAUAUGUCUGAGAGAUAUUGGUAAGAUGUUUUUUCAGGUAUUGAAAUAAUUCGCAAGGCUAAAUGGUAGACAAACAAAUAUGUCUGACUGAGAUGACAUCUUUUUCUUUCUGGUGUUUCACACAGGUGCACACAACAGUUUGUUCAGCGAAACAAUCACAAGAAUCCAUACUACUACUACACAGAACCUGACUGAAGUCUUGUUGUUGCCAUAGAAAUGAAACAUUUGUACUUUGUGACUCUUAAACUUUUUAUAUUUGUGUUUAAUAUAUCAAUGAGUAAAUCUGUUACUUUUAUAUAUGAUCUAUCUAUGACUGUAGUACACACAGACGCACACAGAAGGACUGUAUAAACAGUCCAUUUCUGUGUCAGCUAAAUGUUGUAUAAUUUUAUUUUGUGUCUUAUGGAUCACAUCUCUUUUUGUAGGUAUUGGUAAUGUUUAAAUUUACAGGUGAUUUUGAUUUGGUUACUCUUGUACUUCUAAGCUCUGUAUUUGCAAGCACUGUAAAUGCGAUUCUCAUCGGAUUCGUCCUCUGUACAUUUAGUACUCUGAUGUUCCUAUAAAUAAAAUGUAAAACAACA